GAUUCCCUGCAGAAACUCAUAUCUAUCUAACUCUACUUUCAUUAUUUUCCCUUUUUUUUCGGACAAAGCAAAUCAAGGGCUGGGAGUGUAAGAGGAGAAAAUCCAACGGUGGUGAAGUGACUGACUACGUGAAACGUGGGAUUCCCUUGACUGCAGGGAACAUGUACCGCAGAAAACACCCGUUGAGAUAUGUCUUCCCUCGAGAUUCCGCAACGUGGCACUCACGUCCUACGUGUCCCAGCUCCUCGCUUUCUCGCCUCAAAACUUUCUUCUUCCUCUCAUCUACACUCAUUUCCACUGUUCCACCAAACCUUAUAACGAAUAAGAACAAGAAACACAGACACAAGCCAGUUACUAACGCACAAGGAAGAAGAAAAGUCCUCUGUUUUCCCUUUUUUUUUUUCUUUCUCUCAAAAGCUUCUCUUUCACGAGAUUCAUCUAUGAUCUAUGGCGGAAGGUGCUGGAAGGAAGCUCAUGGUGGAGGUUUGCAACGCGAAGAACCUGAUGCCGAAGGAUGGUCAAGGAACCGCGAGUGCUUACGCGAUCGUUGACUUCGAUGGCCAGCGACGGCGAACCAAGACGAAAUCGAGAGAUCUCAAUCCUCAAUGGGACGAGAAACUCGAGUUCAUCGUCCACGACAAAGACUCCAUGCCUUCCGAAACGCUGGAGGUGAAUAUCUACAACGACAAGAGGACAGGGAAACGAAGCACUUUUCUCGGCAAAGUCAAGAUUUCCGGAAGCACGUUUGUGAAAUCCGGUUCCGAAGCGAUUGUCUACUAUCCGUUAGAGAAGAGGAGCGUGUUCUCUCAGAUCAAAGGAGAGCUCGGUCUCAAGGUUUGGUACGUCGAGGACGAUCCACCGGAAACAGAAAACGCCGGUGAGGAGAAAGCAGAGUCAGCACCAGCGGCGGAGGAGAAGCCGCCGGAAAAGGAAAAGAAAGAAGAUGAGAAUAAACCUAAAGAAGAAUCAAAAGAAGAAAAACCAAAGGAGGAGGCUACGGCGGAGGCGGCGGCACCGCCACCGCCGGAGGUGGAGAAUCCACCUAUUGCGCAGACGGAGAAGCCAAAGCCGCCGAAGGAAAAGCACGGCGAAGUGCAGAAGCGUGCGGAUCUGAACGUGAGCGAUCACGAACUGCGAUCUCUGAGAGGCGAUCGGAGCUGCAGUGCCUACGACCUCGUUGAUCGCAUGCCGUUUUUAUACGUUCGCGUGGUGAAGGCGAAGAGACCUAAACCAGAAACCGGUUCGACCGUUUACUCGAAGCUUGUGAUCGGGACUCACAGCGUGAAGACCAGAAGCGAGAGUGAAGGCAAAGACUGGGAUCAGGUUUUCGCCUUCGAUAAAGAAGGCCUCAAUUCGACGUCGUUGGAGGUUUCCGUUUGGUCAGAGGAGGUCAAAGAAGGGGAUGAGAAAAGCGAGAGUUCUCUCGGAACGGUGUCGUUUGAUCUGCAGGAGGUUCCUAAAAGAGUUCCUCCGGAUAGUCCUUUGGCUCCGCAGUGGUACACUCUCGAAUCCGAAACCUCGCCGGGAAAUGACGUCAUGCUCGCCGUUUGGAUCGGGACUCAGGCUGACGAGGCCUUUCAGGAGGCUUGGCAGUCCGAUUCUGGCGGGCUGAUACCGGAGACAAGAGCUAAAGUGUAUCUGUCUCCCAAGCUUUGGUACCUGAGACUAACGGUCAUCCAAACCCAGGACUUGCAGCUAGGUUCGGGACCCGAGGCUAAGGCUCGAAAUCCGGAGCUGUACGUGAAGGCUCAGCUCGGCGCGCAGGUUUUCAAAACAGGAAGAGCCUCACCUGGCUCGGCUAAUCCAACGUGGAACGAGGACCUCGUGUUCGUAGCAGCCGAGCCGUUUGAGCCGUUUUUGGUGGUCACAGUGGAGGACGUGUCAAAUUCCAAAACCGUUGGCCACGCGAAGCUCCACGUGGCAUCCAUCGAGCGGAGAACAGAUGAUCGAACGGACCCGAAGUCAAGAUGGUUCAACCUCUCCAGCGAAGACGAGAGCAAUUCGUACACGGGUAGGAUCCACGUUCGAGUAUGCUUGGAAGGAGGGUAUCACGUGAUAGACGAAACCGCUCACGUGACCAGCGACGUUCGAGCCUCGGCGAAGCAACUCGCGAAGCCCCCAAUCGGGUUGCUCGAAGUAGGGAUUCGCGGCGCUGCGAACCUUCUCCCGGUGAAGACCAAUGACGGGACACGUGGCACCACGGACGCUUACGUGGUGGCCAAAUACGGACCCAAGUGGGUCCGAACCCGAACCAUCAUGGACAGGUUCAACCCGAGAUGGAACGAACAGUACACGUGGGAUGUUUUUGAUCCUUGCACGGUUCUCACCAUUGGAGUGUUCGAUAACGGGAGAUACAAGCGAGGGGAAGAUGGAGAACCUAACAGAGAUUGCAGGGUAGGGAAAGUUCGCGUGCGGUUGUCCACGCUGGACACCAACCGGGUGUACGUAAACUCGUACUCCUUAGUCGUUUUGCUACCAAGUGGCGCCAAGAGAAUGGGGGAGAUAGAGAUUGCUGUUAGAUUCUCAUGCUCCUCAUGGUUGAGUCUAAUGCAGGCCUACGCAAGCCCAAUCUUACCAAGAAUGCACUACGUGCGCCCCUUCGGCCCGGCCCAACAAGACAUCCUACGCCAAACGGCCAUGAAGAUCGUAACGGCUCGCCUCGCCCGGUCUGAACCGGCAUUGGGUCAGGAAGUGGUUCAGUUCAUGCUGGACUCCGACACUCACGUGUGGAGCAUGCGGCGGAGCAAGGCGAACUGGUUCAGAGUGGUGGGAUGUCUCUCACGUGUGGCAACCCUACUGGGAUGGGUGGAUGGGAUCCGCACGUGGGUGCACCCUCCCAGGACGGUUCUGGUGCACGUGCUGCUCGCAGCGAUUGUGUUGUGCCCAUACUUACUGCUCCCUACUGUGUUCAUGUAUGCUUUCUUGAUUUUGGUGCUGAGAUUCCGUUACCGGCAUAGGGUCCCACAAAACAUGGAUCCGAGGAUGUCGUACGUGGACAUGGUGAGCCUGGACGAGCUGGACGAGGAGUUUGACGGGUUUCCGACCACGCGGCCGGCGGAGGUGGUGCGGAUCAGGUACGACAGAUUGCGCGCGCUUGCGGGGAGGGCGCAGACGCUGCUGGGUGACGUGGCGGCGCAGGGGGAGCGAUUGGAGGCGCUGUUUAGCUGGCGGGACCCACGUGCCACGGGGUUGUUCGCGGUGCUGUGUUUGGUGAUGUCGUUGCUGUUCUACGCGGUGCCGUUUAGGGGCUUUGUGCUGGUUGCGGGGUUCUAUUACCUGCGCCACCCGAGGUUCCGCGAUGACAUGCCGUCUAUCCCUGCUAACUUCUUCCGGCGACUCCCGUCCUUUUCUGAUCAGAUUAUGUGAUAAACAACAUAUUUUAUGUUACUAUAAGUUAGUUGUUAGGGUGACACGUUUUUUGUUUAUGGGUUUGUGUUUAUGUUUUUUCUUUUUAUAAGAAUUAUUUAUCUAUUUACUGAUUCGUUUAUUUAUUAUAUAUGGUCUGUGUGUCAAUUUGGUGGGAAAGCUUUUUGGGAAAAUACAAACGUGGCUUAAAGUGAGCAGAAAGUUGUUCUUGGUAUGCUCUAACAAAAGUGAAUGAAAAAGUUACAAUUGUGGUGAACCGAACAGUGGAGAAAGGAUAAAGUGAGCCACCUACAAGUCUACAACCCCAUGAACCAUUGAUGGAUUGAAGAAUUUAUGACCGUUGAUGCAGAAUGCUUCAACCCUAAUUAAAUGCAGCCAGUGCCAGGCAAUAUUGGAGAGAACUAGUUGUGUAAUUGAACUUUUGUUCACAUAUAUAACCUUUUGUUUUUCCUA